GCUCUACUUCGUAGUGUUGCUCUUCUGGAAGCCAUCGCAGAGCAUUUUCCUGGAUGCCUUCUGCAUCGAUCAGGUGAGCCGGCGACGCUUUGGGCUUGGCCUCGUAAGCAUUGGUGCAUUUCUCAGGGCCUCAGACUCUCUUGUUGUCUUCUGGGAUCCGUCGUGGAGCCGUCGCCUUUGGUGUGUCUUCGAACUGGCCGCAUUCUUGCACAGUCGCAACGCCGAUGAGAGGAAGGUGAAGCUGACUAUCAGGCCAACACUGCUGGGUCCCUUCUUCAUCUCUCUGCCGAUCGCCCUAUCCUAUGUGAUGCUCGCACUCACAUUCUUCCCCAACAAAGACCACCUCGAAGGGACAGAUCCAGGCUUCCUGCGUUAUUUCGUUCUCUGGCCGUCCAUUGCGCUGUUCAUCUUGACUGGCUUCUCCUGGUCUGCGAUCAAGUUACGAGCAUACUUCCGUUAUGUGCAGGCGCUAGAGCAGGAUAUUGGGCAGUUUGUCGCCGACAGCAGCUCAUCCUACUGCUGCACUGUUGGACAUGUGUCUGAGGAUGGAAAGCCUCUAACUUGUGAUCGCCGUGUCAUUUUGCAGUGCAUCACGCUUUGGUUCGGCAGCAUCGAGAAUUUUGAGGCUCAUGUACGAACAGAUGUUCUGCAAUGCCUGCAAGAACAGCUUUCCACAGAGGUUUUCACGUACAAGCAGAUCGCUGUUUCAGCUCUGCCGAUGCUUUGGCAUCAUAUGGACGCAGCUGCCACGGCUCACUUUGAUCAGCUAUCGCGAGGGGAGGAGCCAAGUGGGGCGGCUUUGCAAGAGCUGGUUCGAGGUUUAGGCUGGGCCUUUGGCGUGGUGCCUGCGACGAUGAUCAUCGGGAUCAGGCUUUCAUACGUGUUGCAAAGCAGACGGACCUGGAUGGUGUGUGAGCUGAUGGUCAACCUCUGCAUCAUGGCAGUUGUCUUCCUCUUUGUCUUUGGAGCUCUGGUUUUCGAGCAGUUGGCUUGGCAAUUCUACCCCGUGGAUCAGAACAUGAAUGUCUGGGCCAGAAGGCUCCCAGGGACAGCCAUCUUCAGUGCUACCAUGCUCGUGAUCGCGGGCGGUCUUGCCACGAUCAGGUACUCAGCCGGCUACUCCACGGGUACAAGCGGAAAGAAUGCACAAGUCCACUCCCUGAGCGAUUGA